GUCGGUAUAGACUUCACAGCAUCUAAUGGGAACCCUCGGGAGCCGUCCUCCCUCCACUACAUUAACCCACUGGGCAGCAACGAGUAUCUCGCCGCAAUUUUGGCUGUGGGACAAAUCAUACAGGACUAUGAUACUGACAAAAUGUUUCCUGCUCUGGGAUUUGGAGCCCAACUCCCACCAGACUGGAAGGUGUCACAUGAAUUUGCCAUCAACUUUAACCCCACUAACCCCUUCUGUUCAGGUGUGGAGGGUAUUGCCCAGGCCUACUCCGCCUGUCUCCCUCACAUUCGUUUCUACGGCCCGACAAACUUUUCUCCAAUCAUCAGCCAUGUAGCACGUUUUGCUGCCCAGGCACUUCAGCAAGAGAAAGCAGCGCAAUACUUCACUCUCCUCAUUAUAACAGACGGUGUCAUUAGCGAUAUGGACGAGACACGUCACGCCAUCGUACAGGCGUCAAAGCUACCCAUGUCUAUCAUCAUCAUCGGCGUGGGUAACGCAGACUUUGCUGCCAUGGAGUUCUUAGAUGGAGACGCCAGCGUUUUGAGGUCCAACACAGGAGAGGAGGCUGUUCGGGACAUUGUGCAGUUCGUCCCUUUCAGGGAUUUCCGUAAUGCACCCAAGGAGACCCUUGCUAAGUCGGUCCUGGCCGAGCUGCCUCAGCAGGUCACCCAGUACUUUAAACAGCGGAAUCUACCUCCCACCAACCCGGCACCGGAGUGACAUGCCCCAAAGACGAGAGCCCACACGCUGUACAAUAGCUCAACAAAACCUCUCUUCUCGUUAACAGCAAACAAUACAGAGUGAAAGUGUGUAUAUCAGCUGUGAACAAAAAUAAGUUGUGGACAAAAAAACAAAACAUUGAAGACAUCCCUGUCAUUAUAAUUGGAAAGUUUUAACUGGUUAAAGAAUGUUUGGUAAUAUCCAGUGUGAAUCCAUCCGAACUGAUAUUUUCUGUUUCGUAAAGCUUUCCAGAACACACACACACACACACUAUGAUGAUAAUGUGUAAAGGACCUUGCAUGUCUCCAGUAAUGGCAGGUGUGUCCAAAUGAUAUGGAUAUAUAUGAAUAUGCAGGUAAAACACUGGCCUUUUUUUUUAGAGAAAUUAAAAAAUAUCUUGAUUCAUCAGGAUGUAGUUUUCGUUUCUUUUGCAUGUGAGUGUCUUGUGAUUGAUACCAUGUGAUACAUACAACUCCUCGGUGUAAAGUCCUCUCUAAGCUGAAAUAUAUCAGUGGUUGAAUCCCCUCCUGUUGUCCUAUGGAUCCUUUCCAGGUAGCGGAUCAGAUGAAGGCUGUUUGCUUUUGUGCUCACAUGUGGCGGACUCGCAGCCUGAGCCUGAACAGAGCACUGUUUCUUCACCCCGGCUCUGUCGUCAGGGUGAGUCUUGAUCACCAGUCAUCUGAUAGGCAGGUUUUAUUGCUCCACUGUGCUUAUUUGAUUCAAGAGGACAGUAUCAGAGGAGGAUGAGGCCGUAGUGGCAGCUGUAGCACUAACACAGGAUAGAUGUGGGAUACUGUGUGAACUCAUUAGGCUGUUAAAUAUGGGGCCGUUUUGCUAGCUUUUGCAAAAUCCUUUGAUUUGACUUCGGUUCAUCCUGCAUGUUGCCAAUAUCUACUCACUGUUUACAAACUGAUGCUGAUGAUCACAAACGCAUGAUUUUUUUUCUUCUCAAAUUAUGUAUUUAUCAGAUUUUGUAAAUAUUUUAAUGAGAUUCUGUUGAAAGGGAAAGAAGUGUUACAUGGCACAGAACGUGUCAGAGAAGGCUUGUUAGUGUCUUUACAGAGUGGAAACAGAAGAGGAGUUUCUGAUAUGCAUAUGUAUCGAAUGUAUAUUUAUAUGAUGCUGUUUAUGUUAAGUCAAUGUUUCUGACAUGUUUUUAAUGUACUUUUUAUGCAGUGCUGAAUUGUGUACUUCAACUACUACUAUGUGUAUUGCUGUGCAUCUUUGUACUAAAUGUGUUGCUAUUGAUUUUAUAAAGUUUUGUCUAUGUCCACACUCAGGUUAAUAAA